AUGUCGACCUCAACACAGUCGCAACCGCAGCCUCGCGGCAUGCCACACCCAGCCAUCGAACCCUACGACCUCGCUCAAUCUUGCCUUUUCACACACUCGUUUUGCAACCAGCAUGAUCCCUUUGACUCGCUCUUCCCACAACCGCCUCCUCGUUCUCGUUCUCGUUCUCGUUCUCGCGCUCACGCAUCACGUCUAUCACGUCCCUCGCUGCCAUCACUCCGACCCUCGCUUCAUGUAGACUCGGCCGAUUCCUCUCAAUCUACAACCCAACACCUCUCAUCCUCCACCUCGGUCGAAUCCGUCAACUCGCUUUCCUCCUAUCCUUCCUCCACAUCCUCUCUCUCGCUGCUUCACCGCAUUCAACCCUGCAAGCAGUCCUCCCUCGACAGCGCAAUAGACUACUACAGUCCUGCCAUCAGCGAUGUCAACAGCGCAGAAACGGAUCACAGCGUAUCCAGCGGACGUGCACAUUCCCAAUUCUCCGACGUCGAAGCGCACGACCAACUCGCACCCAUCACUCCGCUCACCCCCAGUGAACCAUCAAACCCAUGGAGACCCAAGGAGCUCAACCUCUUGCGCAAGCGUCAAGCCACUGUCCCUGCCGAAUCCACCCUACCUAUCCACCAAUCCGCUCCCUCCUGGAACACCACUCCCACCAUCACCGGCGAUCGGAACGCCCUUCUCAUCGGUCUCGGAUUAGGCGCCAUCGAUGAUCUCGCCAAUCCACCCCCAUCAGAAUCGAUGCACGAAGCUUUCAUCUCGCCGAUCCUUCCCCCUCCAUCAGAAGCCUCUUCUUCCCGCUCCAACACGCCUCAGAUGCGUUCCGCCAUCCCCGUCAUGCCAAGUGGACCCGCCUUUGUCUCAAAUCGACCCCUCUCUCCCGAUCCUCUGUCCAUCGCUUACCCUGACAGGCCCGCUGGCCUCUCAGCAGAAGAGUUUCUGGCGCAGAUUGCUUCCACCCCCGAAUACCAGGCAAGCAAGUACCUCGAGGCAGUCACCUUCCCUCCUCUCCCAUCAUCCUCUUCCGAGGUGCAGUCUGAACAAGCGUUGGGCGUCAUCCAUAGUCAAGACCAACAUGCCAUCGACGCCAGAUCUGACCAUACGCCAACCAUGCCAGCAACACCAGGCUCUUCGGUACUCACCGCCAAGGCCCCUGGCUUCUCUUGGACACGGCGUUCGAGAGCAGCCUCAAUAAGCAGGCGAAAAGGCCCACCGACACCUCUGGUCCUCACUUCUUCGCCAGCGACCAGCAACUCGGACACCCUCCCUGGCUCAGCAGAUGGCCGUCGCAGGCACUCACUCAAUGCUACUAUCAAUCAGAGAUCGCCCCUUUCCGCUCCGCACUCGCCAAACUCACAUCCGACUUUGUCAACCAUCACUUCCGACUACGACGAGCCUCUCCACACCGCUUCCAACCAAUCUGACACCCAGCAAGACACGCACCAGCGUCAAGACGCUAACAGGCCUACCACAGCAUCCUGUCAUGGUUCGAGCACAGAUGCACCGACAUCAGCUGGCACAAGCGGCCUGCACAACAGAGCUUCUAGCUCCGCCGCAUCGGCUCACUCAGCUCGCCGCGUCAUCUUGGACCGGAACAUUACUGAUUCGCCCCAUUCGCGCGACUCCGCCCUAAGGAGCCGCAUCAAUUCGCUCAAAAGCGAUGCACGACGCCGUCAAAGUUCCGGCUCGGGAUCGUCGGCCGCUUUCGAGUUUGAUGAUCUUGAGACCGAAUCAGCCACGGAUGGGCUCAGCCUUCAAACCAUAAUGGGCUUUCUUCAGCGUCAAGAUUCGCACAAAACCUCGGAUUCCAAUUCUUUGCUCUUCGAGCAUCCCUCUUCAGACAUGCUUGCUCAAGUACAAGCCUCGCACGCUACCGCCGCUUCUGACAUCACUCAACCUCGGUCCUCGUUCAACUCGGAAUCCAUCUCGCCACGCACGGCAGAGUUGACCUUGCAGCCGAGUCCGCCCGCUGAAACACCUCCACCGGCCUCUGCCGUUCCGCAAAUCCCAACCUUCAACGUUUCGAUCUUCGGCCCAAAUCAGACCAUCGAAGCCGAAACCUGCUCAUCAGCGCUCUCGCUGGAUCGCGACAACACGGCGCAACAGGACGCCGCCGCGCCGAUGGCUUCUUCGACCUUGCCUCUGAACGACCGUCCUCGCAAACAAACCCUUGUUCCAGCACCACCCUCAUUUGCGAUCCGCGAUACUUGUCGUACAGAGCCACAACCCCAGCAUCCAGCCAUGCUUCUAACGUCCAACUCUGACAGCGUCGAUGUUGAUCCGGUCGGCAUGGUUCGCGCGAAAAGCAACGAUCUGGGCAACAGCCGAUGGAGCUCAGGCUCCGAAUCUGACGGCGAGUCUGCCAUGUCCAUCAAGGCUGGUCGCAAGUCCUUCUCCAAGGGCAGAAAGAGCUUCUCUGUCAGCCGCAAGAGCAGUCUUGCGACCACACACGAGCACGUCAACGUUGGCACCAAUACCAAGGAUACGCUCGGUGAAAAUGGGAGGAUGCUCCCGAAGCGAUCCAGCAAGUCGCAUCUCUCGGGUCUAGCCGCUUCCGCUGCGCAAACGCUGCCAGCGCCACCUAAACCUUCCACCACCUCCAUGUCGAAACGCUUGCGCCUGAACGGCCUUGCUUCCUUGAGAAAGAAGAGCUUUUCCAACCUCAGUGGUCAAUCGGCGUCGCCCUCGACGCCAUCCAGUUGGCGAGAGCCCAACUCUGCCGGUCCGGCUUUCCUCGGUCAGUCGGAAUUUCCCUUCCCGCCGUCGACUCAGCCACAAACCACCAGUUUUACCCCCACCCCCACUCUUCCCGGCACCACCCUUCGAUCUCUCGACCGUCCUGGAUACGGCGACGGCGAGCCCUCGAUCAAGACGGCCUUUGCAGCCACCUUUGCAUCCUCGAUCCAGCCUCCACUUCCAUCGCCCCGAACACCUGCCUCAGCACCGGAAUUUGUAUCGUCCAACAGCCCUUCUGGUCCUCUCACCACCCAGCAGAUCCUUGCACAGGCCCGCAGCAAUGUUUGGCCAGAGAACUACAUCGGCACCAGUGUCAGCUCAGCAGGUUUGUCGUCGCCAUACCUCGCAGCGGACCACGACACAUUCAGCCACAGCUUUGCGCCUUCUAGGCUCGCUCCUACUCCGCCGUAUUCAGCUUCGGCUGGCCGUGUAGGCUGGUCAUCGGCUCCAAUUACGCCGCCAAUGCCUCAGAGCCCGCGCUUUCCGCUUGCUGCGUCCCAGGACAAGACACUGCUUUCUACUCCUACAGCAGAGGCAUCGACUUCGGCACGCACUCGAUCUCACACCGCUGAAAUCGCUCCACCCAAGAAUCUGCGUCACAUUCGACAGUCCUCCUCCGGCGCCAGUCUCAACAAGAUGCGAAGAGAGGCUCCGGCUGUUGUCGUUACAUCUAGCCAGGCCAAGCAGCCAGCAUCGGUGAUUGAAACGAAUGAUGCUGCUCCUUGUCUGCAUCCAGACACGACUGUUGUGGACGAGGCCAGGCUGCCAACAAUCUCUGAAUCUGCGUCACGGGCUUCGACACUUGCCGAGGAAGCGAAAGGCUCCAUCGAUGUCAACUCGCCUCCGCUCCCACUUCCAAUCCUAGUGGAUAGGAGGCAGGCCAAGUUGAACAAGGCUAAGCGCAUUCGCAAGCAGAACGACCGUUUCCCCCGACACAAUUCGUGGUCAGACUUUGGUCUGCAAUGGAUUGCCCAGCAAGGUGCCGAUGCAUUCGACACAUUGGUCGCCGAGGGUCUUCCUUCGACCGCAAUCCUGGCGGCAUCUGGCGCCCCUGCUAGCCAAUCCCGUCGCACAUUAGCUGCUGGAGGCGGUGGCGGUGGCGGUGGCGAUCAAGGCGACUCGGACGGUAGCGACACCGACGACUACGGAUCCAGCGAUGGAGGUGGUGGAGGUGGUGGAGGCUUCGGAGGCUCAGGAGGCGCGGGUGGCGGCAGACAUCCCGGCUCGGGCCGUGAUGACGCCGACGACUCGGAGGAUGAAAACAAAGACAAAGAGACCGACGAGGAUCAAUACGCGGAUGUCGUAACAGACGAGGACUCGGAAGACGACUACGGUCGGGUUGGGCCCGCAAAAGCUGCACGAUCUAGUCAAGGCGGUGCGAUGCCGGCAAUUUCUACUCGGAAGACUUCCAUACCUGCGUCUGCAGCCCAAGUCGAUCAUGCAGUAGACUCUGAUUCCUCGGAUGAUCGACCGUUGGGCCAGCUUGUAGACGAUCCAAGAGCUCUGCAAAAGGCUUUACGAGCAAAGGAGCGCAAGCGUCACUUCGACCUGGCCGCUCAGGCGCUCGAAGGAAAAGGCGUUUUGAGGCGCAGCAGCCAUGCUCGUCAAGCAGUGCCGCCUCAAAGUCGGAGUCAAGCCAACGACGCGGCGCUGAAUCCGAACGAGCUGGCACACAAGCUCAACAAGGUGCAAGCGCGUCGCGAGCGGGCGCAAGACGCUGUCAUGUUGCAGCGCUCGAAGACGGCUAUGCGUCCUGACGUCGGCCAUCCGGCAGCAGCAGCAGUCUCCAGGUCCAAAUCGGUGCGAACAGCCCAAGCCGAGCGAUACGUUCAUCCAGGCAUGCGAGCCAGAACACCGUCCGAGGCUGCGUUGCGGGCCAAGGCUAUGGUCCAGGCAAUGUCACAUAAUCCUUCCCAAAACAGCCCCAUGCUUCCCGGCGUCACCAAGAUGCCAGAGCUUCCCUCCAACGCCAUGGUCACAGUCGUCGCAGCCCAAAAAGCCAUGGCACAUGCACAGGCCAACCCAACCCCAGCGGCCUUGGCUCAGGCACAAGCAUUGGCGACGUCCGCCACUGCGGCUCUCAAUGCAGCUGCAGCGCAUGUCAAGAGGGGAGGGGCGUCGCCAAUCUCGCCUCACUUCAACCAUGGUGAGCCAAUUGGUCAGAUCCCUACCUCUCCUCGCAUCUUCGAUGGUGUGGAGAUGACCGGCGCGAGGCAUCGAGCAGAUUCUCGAGGACACGCUCUGCCGGUCAAUUCUUCUGGCGGCGUGACGGGUGCUACGCCUGCAUUGGCUUCAGCUCAUCCGCCAGGGAUGUUGCAACGACUUCGCUCGCGGUCCAUCUCGCGCAAUCCGGCUCCGCUCUCUAUCAACACCUCUGCUGCGCCGCCUCUGCCUGAACUAGCAAGGCCUAGCACUGCAUCGAAGGACUCGCCAGCAUCUAGCUCACCGCACAGUAUCCACACCGCCACUUUUGCUGCGCUAUCGCAAGCUGCUGUACAUCACGGUCGUCCUUCCGUCGAAUCGUCGAACGCGCAUGGCGAUGGCGCUACGCAGCGAGGUGCCUCGGCGGUCUCGAACGUUGUACCAUCCUCACACGAGAGUAGCUCGGGUCUCGGCGGUACGUUUGCGACGCCCAGACAGCCGCACAAGGUCUUUAUCCUCUCCAGGCAGCGCUUCACUGUUGUAGAGGUGCCGGUCUCUGCACGCGCACGCGACCUUGCUCUCGAGGUGAUUGAGCGGGAGAGGCUGCCCAUGGAUGACAGCAAGGGUGGCUGGGUAGUCUUUGACUGUUCGGCUCAGCUUGGCAUCGAACGACCGCUGCGCGAAUACGAGAUGAUCACCGACGUGAUGAACGUUCGAGCUCAUCCAAACACCGACUACUUCCUCAUCAAGCGCACUGAGCUGUCGUCGUACCUUUCGAUUCGCUCUGUGCCCUCAAGUUCGCCGGCACUCGCUGGAUGGGUCUAUGUACAGGAUCGAAAGAAGAAGUGGAACAAGCGCUGGCUCGAGCUGCGCGACCACGGCCUGUAUCAUGCCAAGAACGAAAAGGGCAAGGACGAGACGUCGAUCUGUCAGAUCUCGACCUUUGACGUCUAUCUCGUCGACAGCUCUGCCAUCAAGAUGCCAAAAGCAAAUGGCUUCGCGCUCCGAUCCCAGGAUCCCAUCACUAUGUUCGAAAAGCCGGAACAGGACUACAUGCACUACUUUUGCCUCACCGAUCCGGCGGCGCAUCGCGAUUGGGUGCGCGCCAUCAUGAACGCGCGCACCUAUAUCCUGAGACAGGAAAAGGCGGUGCUGUUCCAGAUCGAGUCGCCCCAAAGCAGUCAAGAUGCCGCGAUGGCGAGUGGAGGGCUUUCGAGGAAGAAUACCUCACGCCGCGCUAACGGCCGAACGACAGCAGCUGCUGCAGCUGCAGCCACCGAUACGAGCACCACCACUGCGACAGGGCCUUCACAACCUGCACCGCUCAUCGACAGCAAUGCUUUCGCAGGUCCAUUCGCCAAAGGAAGCCUUCUGGCCGACAAAGCGAUCAAUGAUGCUAAGGAGGCGCUUCGUGGCCAUGCAGCUGUCGCACCCCCGACAGGAGCUUUGCACGACUUGAGUUUGAUGGAUCGCAACGCGGUACGCAUCAACGAAGCACGCAGACGCGAGGAUGCUAUCGAGCGUCAGCGUAGAAUGAAGGCUGAAGGUCAGCCACUCGUCGACCUCGCUCGAAAGUAG